AUGUCCGUAGUUUCGCUCCUUGAUGUGCGGGUUGUCAACAACCCCGCACCAUUCCUCGCCCCUUAUGAAUUUGAAAUUACAUUCGAAUGUCUCGAACAGCUGCAAAAAGAUCUUGAAUGGAAGCUUACUUAUGUCGGCUCCGCAACUUCCUAUGACGGCCGGGAAUUUGUCCGUGUCGGAUACUACGUGAACAAUGAAUAUGACUCCGAGGAGCUGAACGCUGAGCCACCCGCCAAACCCAUUAUUGAGAAAAUUCGACGGAAUGUCCUGGCUGAGAAACCAAGAGUUACGCGGUUUGCCAUUAAAUGGGACUCAGAAGAUUCGGCCCCUGCGGAAUACCCGCCAGACCAACCAGAAGCAGAUGUCUUAGACGAUGACGGAAAGGAGUACGGAGCCGAGGAAGCUGAGCUCGAAGAAGCUCUGCUAAAGGAGCUUCAAGAGGCUGAGAAAAUUCAAACAGCACGUGCCCCUGGUGAGGACCACGAGAUGGGCGACGCCGGCGAGCCCGGGGCCUCAAAUAAAGAGGACGAUGGAGAUGAUAACGAUAAUGAUUCAGAUGCUGGAAGCGAAGAUCUAGAAGCUGAAAGCAGUGGAAGUGAGGAUGAGGAGGAUGAUGAGGAGGGCGGCGAAGGCGAAGGUGACGACGAUGUGGAGAUGGGCGAUGACACGGAGCAAAAAGGGGACAGUAAUAAUCAGGUGAACCAGCCACCAACAGACCAGCAUCACCAACAGCAGGCCGAGUUGAUGGUUCAUUGA